GUACUUUGAAAGAGAACAGCACAAUAUUGUCAUAUCACUUACGUUGCUUGGAUGUCGAGUAUUGUUUUGACUUUGUUGUGAGUUGGUCGGUGUUUUGACUUCAUUAAACACAACAAAAUUAUGGAGUCCAAUAGUUCAUCAAACUAUAAUGACACUCUCGUCAUGACGAAUAGGUAUCGUGACGCAAGUGACUUAACAGGCGAGAAGCCACUACGUGAGUUUGCAGAAGUAACAAUACCAGUGCCUUGGGGACACAUUUCAGGCAAAUGGUACGGUCCACAAACAGUUCAGCCUAUAUUAGGCCUGCAUGGUUGGCAGGACAAUGCAGGAACAUAUGAUUUAUUAGUUCCCCUAUUCCCACCAGAAGUAGCUUUUCUAUCAAUUGAUUUGCCUGGUCAUGGACUUUCCUCUCGGUUACCAGAUGGUUGCUAUUACAAUACCGUCGACAAUUUGUACAUAAUACGCAUAAUCAUGAAACAAUACAAGUGGGAAAAAGUUUCAAUUAUUGGUCAUUCAAUGUCUGCAAUUAUUGGCUUCUUAUUCGCUGCAGUAUUUCCAGAUAAAGUGGAUAUGGUGAUUGCUAUUGAUGCUCUAAAACCGCAUCAGCGUCCAUAUAGCAGUGUCAUACGUACCAUGGAAACACGCAUGGAUGAAUUUCUACGUGAGGAUGAACGUAAUAGAAGCAAUGUUGAACCGCCAAGUUACGCUUAUGAUGAACUCAUUGAACGAAUUUUCAUUGGUACAUUCCAUUCAGUGAAUAAGAAUAUCUGCCACCAUAUGCUGGCGCGUCACAUACAAAAAUCGGAAAAAUAUCCAAACAAAUAUUUCUUUUGCCGUGACCGUAGAUUAAAAUUCUAUAACUAUGCUGCAGGCUCACAGGAAUUAUGUGUGGAAAUGGCUAAAAGAAUUGAAUGUCCAUACUUGUUUAUUAAAGCACGACACUCUUCAUAUUUCGAAGAGAAAAAGUAUUAUGAUGAGGUAUUUGAUAUUCUCACAAAAAAACCGAACUUUGAAUAUUUUGAAUGUGACGGUUCGCAUCAUUUACAUAUGAACAAUCCUGAAUUGGUAAUUGAACCAAUAAACAAUUUUAUUAAACGAUUUGGCCCAAAACCGAAAUUAGAAAAAUCCAGCAAACUGUAGAUAGAGUUUUUAUAUAUAUCAUAUGUUAAAGAAAAUUUGUAAACUUUUGUAUUAUAAACUUUGUUAAAUAUUUUGGUUGUAAGGGAUGCUAGUCUGUGUGAUUAAAAUUUAAUACCUCGUAAUCAUGUAUGACUUUUUUAAUUUAUUUUGUAAGCAAUUAUAUCUUAAUAGUUAUUGUGCAUACUUAAUUCUCUAGCAAAUAAAAUCAUAUCUAGGUUGAUUAUUAUUACCUUA